AUGGAAUAUGCAAGUGAUGUGAUCCAGGAUGCCAGGAAAAAAGAGGAACUUUCCAAAUACCAAAAAUAUGAAAUUCAUGAAGGUAUACUAUUUUGCAUUGAGCUUUCUCGGGCAAUGUUCGAAGAAUCCCCGGAUGUUGGUAAACCGCAGUUGGUUGAAAUUCUCGAAACGUUACUAGAAGUAAUGUCACAAGUUAUCAUUACGCUUCCGAGUACUGGUAUUGGCUGCUAUUUUUUCCGCUGCGAGAACAAAGGAGCGAGAAAUGGCAUAUACGAAUAUCUGCCCUUGCGAGACGUCAAUGCAAAAGCUUUGAAAACUUUAAGCGAUUUACUUGACGAUAUCCAAACGGGAAUUAUGACACUUGAAUCAGAAUUUCCUCUGGCCAAUGGAAAGACUGGAUAUUUGGAAGAUGUUUUUACCGUCAUGCAAGAACAAUUUCUCGCUGACGUCGCAGGUCAGAAAGCUUUUAACAAUAAAAAGAUUUUCCUGUUUACAGAUAACGACACACCACCGGAAUGUACAGAUGCGAGAGCUACGUCGAGAAUUCGGAAAGUCGUAGAUGAUCUGGAUGACUAUCAUAUCAAUUUCGUGCCGUUUUUUUUGGGGAGCAAAGCCAAACCAUUUGAUCAAUCUUUCUACCAUGAUAUUUUGAGACUGGGAUCUCGAGCUCAGCCCUCUGAAGACUUACCGAACGCGAGUGCUCCUGUGAUACCCCCGCUAAAUGUGCGCGAUAUGAAAAGUCGUGCUCUCAGAAAGAAGGAAAUUAAGCGGAUCAGAUUUCAAUGCCCAUUCAUUUUAGAUGAGAAAUCUGACUUUCUCGUGUCCCUCAAGGGUUACACUAUUGUUUCUCAUGAAAAGCCAGGAACGAAAUAUCAACUGGUGUACGAUCAUGAAGGUAUGCGGAAAAAGGCACAUUCAACGCGUAAAUAUCUUGACAACACUACCGGCGAGGACGUCACUGAGAGCACCACCAGAGUCUAUAAAUUUGGCGAGACCGAUAUUGAGUUAAGCUCCGAACAGAUGCAAGAAAUAAGCGAGACGUAUUCCAAACACGAGUCCUUUUUGAAAUUGAUAGGCUUUCGAUCUUCUACAGACUGUUUGUUUUACUACAGCUCUAUUUCUAGUAGCUCAUUUGUGGUACCAGAUGAAACCAAAUUUGAAGGCUCCAUACGUACUAUGGCCUCCAUGUUCCGAAUAAUGAGACAGAAACAACAAGCGGCUAUAGUUUGGGGGAAAUUGAAAUCCAACUCUUCACCAGGUUUGUAUGCUUUAGCCACAACCGAUGAUUUUGACAGGAAUGAGGGCUUUUACUUGACAAGAUUACCUUUCAUUGACGAAAUAAGAAAAUUUCCUAGCUCGCUUCCCACCAAAGAUCUUUUGACCACCGAUGAAUAUAAUCAAAUGUGCAAGAUAACUGAAACUAUUGUGAGCUACUAUGUUUUAAGGCGACGCUAUAAAGCAUCCGAAUUUCAAAAUCCCAACUUACAGAACCAUUUCAAUCUUCUUCACGAUUAUUUGCUUCAAGUUGAGGACGUUAAGAAUCAAGACGAAGAAGAACAAUUGCUAGAGAAAGAUGACACCCUUAAAAAACUAUAUCAAAUACGCCAAAAGAUUUUAGAUUCCUCUGAAGCAAAGGACUCGACCAAAGCACGCUUGAGUCAAUAUGUUAAAGCUUGGAAUAGCGUUUACAAUAGGGAGUUCAAUUUGGAAAGUAAUUUCCAGUCAGAAAAAGGAUCGAAAAGACCAAAAAAAUGA